AUGGGUCUUGUCGGAGAUAGUGCCCCUCGGGGACACGAAGUGAAGCAGGGCGUGUAUUUUGUUACGCUCCGAGAGGAUGCGGAGGUUCAGCAGUGGAGCUGCAGGCUUCCUAAGGACGCUGCUCGCUUGCGAUGGUCUGCGUUGAUGGCGGAGACAACGGGACAGGUUUUGGACGGCGAUGGACCGAGAGGUCUGGAGCACUCGAUUGAGGAAGUGGAGCGGACGUUUACCAAGGCACUGUGGCAGUGGUGCGAGGAGUUCGGACUCUCUGUGCAGGGUUUUUCUUCCCCGGGGGAGAUGGAGGGAGAGGGUCUCCCUAUUAGCACGUUCCAGCUCGCGAGCUUGAUGGCGAUGCGUGCGCCUCACCGGUAUGAGGUGUCGUCUCGGGACGUCAGGGAGCAGUUCUUCGGGAAUGCUCGGCGGUUUGUGCCGAGGGCUGUGAAGUCCGCACUUGGGUGCGAAUGUGUUUGUCACUCUUUGUCCGCUGGGGCGGACUCUGAUCCGUACGUGAGUCUCCUGGGGAGAUUUGCUACGAGGAGGCAGUGGGUCGCUGCGAGUCUCUUUGCUUCUGCCUAUUUGGCUAGAUAUAUUGGCCAGUGGGCCCAGAUACAAGACAUGGAUGUUGUCUCACUCUGCGUGGAAGAGUGGCUGAUGAGCCUUGGUAGCACCGCAGUGCUGGGUUGGACUGCGUCUUCUUUCUGGGCCGCAGCUGAUCAGUGGCGGAACCAGGUAUCCUGCACGGAGGAGAAGCCGUGCACUUGCGUUAGCUUGGCGGUGAAGGAUUGUUGGUCGGAGGAUGAUCUCAUUCUUGCCCCUCCAGGACUACGUGGGGCUCUUGGGAGAUACAGGCUGUUCUGCCAGAGGUAUGCGUACUAG